AUGAAUCACCACGUCCACGGUGCAUACAAUCCUCGUACACCUCCGCCGAACGCAGCAGUUGCCGCGCAACAUGCCGCCGUGCCGACGGUUGUGGAGCUGGAGCGUCACUACUACGAGCUGGGCGAACAGCGGAGGAGGCUGGAGGAGAUGCUCGAGAAAACGGACCGCAUGAUGGCGGGCGUGAAGAGAGGGAUGGAGGAGAUGCGCGCUGGUCAGAAGCACGGUCAGGCUUCCCCUCAUCCGCCUUCGCCAGCACCUCAAGGACAGCAGCAGCAGCAAGAGAAGAAGCCGCAGCAGUCUUCGAGCCAGGCUGUGGCUGUGCCUCUCGGACGUUCGGGGAAUACCUCUAGCAAGGACAGUGUGUGGCCCGUCGCUCCUCCCGAGACAUCCAAACGAGAUUAA